CGGCAGCACCUGGAGCUGAGGAGAAGCUUAGCCGCCGGUUAGCACGCUGGUCGGGUUAGUUAACUAGUUGUGCAGUAUUAUUACGGAUAGUUAACAAAACUCAUCUGGUCACGUAAUGACUCGUCGUGCUAGGUCAGCGGUGAGAGCGCCAUGACUGUCCGCUUCAAGUGUCAGAGUGAAUACCAGAAGAGCUACGGGGUUUCCCGGUCCAGGAGCGUGUCUCCUCAGCGCUGCGCCCCAUUGGCCGGCCUUCGCUCUGACCAGAUGGGUAUCAGUAGAGAACCAGGUCUCCAGCACCGGAAGAGGCUUGGACCUAGUGGUCUCGCUCAGUCCUGCACUUCUCUGGUCUGUCCAUCAGAUCCACAGCACUCCCCGACUGACCUGACUGCCCAUGCCCAGAGUAAAGUGCCCUUUGCUGCCUCCAGGAGCCGCUCAUCCCACCGGGAGGAGCCUUCCCUGAACCCAAAACCUCCAACACCUCCUGAAUCUCGAGCAGAGCCUGAAUCUCCUGCGCAGCCAGAAACUCCAGCAGGACCACGACCUGCUGCAGACUCAGGACCAUCAGCAGAACCAGUACCGGCUGGAAAAUCAGCAAAGCCCCACCCCUCCCUGCCUGACAGCCAACCACAGCCCAGGCGCCCUAUGACAGCAGCACCUGAUGGACAGCAGCCCUCGGCCAAUGAGGUUGAUCGCGCUCUGCAGAGGAGGGUGGGGCUGAGGUCAGGAGAACAAAGGUCAGGAGGUCAAAGGUCAGAGUACCACACACAGUUCGGCUGGAAGAAACCUGCAACUGCAGCUUCACCCAUGUUGACUGCUGAACAGCAGGUGCUGUACUCCAGCAGCAGGUCUGUCCAUCCUUUUAAGAAAAACCCCGUUUCCAUGGAAACAGAGUAUCGUCAGAGCUUCCAGGGCCUGGCCCCUCCCACCGGCCCUCGCCUUCGGAAACAUGUGGAACAUCAGCGAGUUCCACUGUUCCACACACAAAUGACUAACAAAAAGAGGAGGGAGGAGUCCCCGAAGAAGCUCCGCCUCAAACAUGAUGCCCCCGACCCUCAGAAAGAUGACGCCACACCCCCUCCUCCUCCUCAGGUGCAGAGAGGACACAGGAUCCCAGAAAAAGGUGGAGCCAUGGAGGGCAACUUCCUGCAGGUGAAGGAGCUGAGGCAGAAAGCCUUGUUGUACCGUCGUCGAGCCUGGGGAGCUAACUUCUCCAGAGAUCACCUGAGCCAGCUGCAGUCUGAACACAACGCUCUGUGGGAGCCGACAGACACCACAGGCUCGGCUACUGACCCUCCCACCCCCCGCCUGACCUUUGACCCGUGUCAGGAUCCAGACAGCCGCAGCACUUCCUGUGUGGAGGCUCUGGACCUGGCCAGCCACUCCAGUAGGUCUUCUGUUGUAGGCUCGGGAGAAAUGCUCAAUACCAAUAAAAGCACAAAAACAAACGCACAAAGAAAAGCACAAUCACCUCCACGUCGUCCUGCUGAGAGACGUACGGCGUGGGAAGAAGAAGAAGAAGGAAAGGAUGAUGGAGAAAAUGCAGAUGAGGAGGAGGGGAGGAUGCCGACUCCGAGGCUGAAGAUGAGGCCAGUUCAGAGAACUCACCACGACCUCACCACACCUGCCACCGGAGGUGCUAUGCUGGUGGGAAAGCUGAAGAACAGCGAUGAAUGUUCUCCACACCAACAGCAGAGGUGUGGAUCAGCCGUUUCCAUGGCAGCGGGAGCAGACGCCGCAGGCGACAUGCCAGUCAAACAGACAGAGGCGUGGACAGAAAAUAACCACCCCCACCGCCCAUCAUCUGGCCCCUCCCCAGACCACAAUCCAGCCUCUAGGAUGAGGAUGAAGCAAACGCCUCCACCCCCUGUGGCACCGCCCCCUCUGGUCCCACCCCCACUGCACUGCAUCCAAGGCACUCUGAGACAUCCCGACUUCCAACACAACGGUCAGCUGGGUUUGAGGUUCAGGGAGGUGCAGUGUUCAGGAGGAGGCUGUGGCUCUGAUGAAGGUGACCGUCUCUCAGUGAUGUCGUGGCGUUCGGCGGCCUCCUGCUCCAUGGCGUCUGCCGUCCUGGAUCGAGCUCAGAAGAGACGAGAGAACUUCUGGGGGAAGAGAUGACCUCUGACCUCCUGACCCCGGACUAGGUCAAUGCUGUCGCCAUGGAGACCAGCGUGUUGUUUGUAGAGCUGAGUGUUUAGUUUAUUAAUCAUCGCUGUAAAGUAAUUAGAAUAAUGUAUUUUUAUAGAUGUGAUUAAUUUAAACGGAGAUUCGUAUUUUUAUAGAUAAAUUCAAGCUUUUAAGUUGAAUUAUUCUGCCACGGUUCACACUGCAGUUUUAUAAAUGUAGUAAUUAUGAGAUGUUAGUUAUUUCUGUGCUUACCAUGUGACUGCUGAGGACCAACUCUUUGUUUUCAUGUCAUUACAAACCAAUCAGUAAAAUGUGAACCGGCUUCUUCAAAGUCCUGUGAAUGUUCUCACUGUCGACAGUCACAUCUUCCACUGAGAACAAACAAUUCUCAACAUUUCAAAACUCAGGGUUGUCCGUGGUAACGCUCGGCCUCCUCUGCAGGUCAAAUCCACUUUUUUACUCUGGGAAUUAACGGCAAAAAUCCUCAAACUGUUUCCUCCGACGCCUUUAAAUAUUUCUUUACAGUGACGUUAGAGAGCUGACGUCAUGUCAGCAACAGACAGGAUGGAUUACCUGGCAACUCCUCACACCUCACGCACUAUACAAACACACAAUAAACACAAUACACACAAUACACAAACCGUCAACCAGGUAUGUACUUCAGACAAAUCAGCCUCCUGUGAAUUCCCCUCAUAACAAUAUACUGGCCAGAACAAACAAUGUAAAGCCGAGGGAGUGUGUGU